CAGAAAAAAGGGUAGAAAUUCUGACGCUUGACGGAAGAGCAUAGCGACUGGACAAAAGCAAGAAUAAUUCGCAUUUCGUAAUACAAUACCGAAUUAAGAAGAAACCAAACCCGGAUGAACCUGCCCAUUCCCAAUUCAACUACAAUCAAAUUUUAGAUAUAGUGCUAAAGAAAAAACCCAUAAUUUCUAAAUCAGACGGGGAACAAGACGAUCCCCAUGGUUUUCAAUCAAACCAACAAUCGUCUUUGAAGAUCGAACCGAGCUUCUUCAUCCCGGACCAUGGAGCUUCAGGUGUCCAAACCCACCUCAGAUUUCGUCGAUAAUAGUAAGAGGAAGAAUUUGGAGGGCCCAACUGGUGAUCGGGUUCGCGUGAAGAAGAAGACUUUGCAGGCUGUGCUGGAGCAGUGUCAGAGAGCUCUUGAAUCGCUGAAUGAGUCCAACGCUGACGAUGAAAACGAGGGGAAUGAUGUGGAUGAAGGUCAAGAUGAAGAUGUUCGGGGAGGGGAGGGUUCUGGGUCUGUGCCCCGUGACCGGGAAGCCGACGAGUUGUGUGAUCUUCUUAAAUCUAAAGUUGAACGUCAUGACUUUCUUGAAAAGCUAGAGGAUGCUCAAGCAUCAGUUCCACAAAAUACAUUUGAAUGUAGUUCUUGGGAUUUGGUCAGUGACGUGGAUCUGUGGGAAAGUGAUGAUGCUCUAGAUCAAGAAGGUUAUGUCGUUGUGAAACAAGAGGAUAUAGUUGAUGGUAUUGCUUGUUUCAUGGCUGCAUACUUAUUGUCCUUGAAGGAAACCAAGGAAUUGUCACCUAACCAACUUCAGAAUGCCCUUUGCAAAACAUUCUCAGUGAAGAAGAGAAAAGGAAAACUCAGGAAGGCAUGGGAUGGAAGCAAGGUCAUUUAUAAUGUGGCAUCUUGGGGAGCUACUGCAGUUGGGAUAUACCAGAACCCUGUGAUUCUAAAUGCUGCUUCUAAAGCCUUCUGGACCUCAUGCCAAGUAAUAUCAAAGCUUCUCUAGUAUACUCUGUCUUUCCCAUUGUAAAUAUCCUAUGCUCAAAUGCAUUAUCUGGAAAAGAAAUUGUUGUUCUUUUGGUUUAUUCUUUCAUGCCUCAGGUUGAUUAUUUUCAUGAAGAACACACUCUUGUAAAUAUCUAUUUCUUCUGUUAGGAUAUGGUCAUUUGGAUGAAAAUUUAUGUAUUUAUGGUAGCAACUAUUGUCUGUAAUUGAACCCUUUUUUCUCACAUGGAAGCAAGCACUGCAAUAUAUUAUGAUUUGAUAGAGAUUCUAUGGUUUACAAA